CCUUGUUCACACAGCAUGUAGCAUGGUUUACAGCUACGUCCGUCUUAGUUUCUGUUUUCUUGUGUAAUGUGAAGAUGUGGAUCCUUCGCAACCUGCUGUUCAUCCUCUGCAUAGCUCUGAGCUGUGUGAGCGGUGCAGUACCAGUGAUCCAUGUGUCUGGAUAUGAAGGGAGAGAUGUUAAUGUUUCCUGCCCCUAUGGAGAGGGUUACGAGUCUCAUGAGAAAUACCUCUGCAGGAAUGACUGUGGCAAUGGUGAUGUUCUUAUUAUGACUACACAAGCGAACAAGAACAAAUACUCCAUCUCUGAUGACAAAAGCAAACGAGUCCUCACAACGACCAUCUCUGAUCUGAGCUCUGUGGAUGCUGGGAAAUACUGGUGUGGGGUGACCAGAAGUGGACUGGAUUACUACCCUGCUGAAGUAAGACUGGACGUAGUGCCAGACAGCUGCUGUGAUCAGUUCACCGAAGUCCACAGUCAUGAGGAAGGUUCAGUGUCCAUCCUUUGUCCAUAUGACUCUAAGUACCAGAAGAACCUGAAGUACAUCUGCAGAGGAAGGCAGCCCUCCAUAUGUCUGCAGCAGGCAGUGGUCACCUCUAACAGAAAACUCAAUGGAAAGUUCACACUUACUGGUGACGAGGAGUCUGGGAAAUUCACAGUGAACAUCACCAGUUUGACCCAAAAGGAUUCUGGGUGGUUCCUUUGUGGUGUCGAGAGAAACAAUGGCCUGGAUGUUUUCUCUGCUGUUAAGCUGGAAGUCAAAGUUUCUCCACAGACGACAAGCACCGCGAUCUCUAUUAUCACCACGGAGCCUGUGACAUCACAGUCAACAUAUAUCUCAACAAAUCCUGUCGAAGAUGCUGCUCACUUUUCAAUUUUGGUUUACAUUCUGCCAGCUGUUCUGGUUGGACUGUUGUUGAUCCUGACAUUUUUCCUUGCCAGGGUUUGUAAAGACAAAUGCAACAAAGUGCAUGGAGUUAGAGUCAUCAUGAGCAUUAACAGGUCCAACGAAGAAAUUAUUGUGGAUAAUAUUAUUUAUAACAUGGAAGAAGAUGCAGACAUGGGCUCCAUUAGGCCACAGAGUGUGCUGCAUCACGAUGACAAUCCAGGUGAAGACCAGCAGACUGUGUACCAAAACUUCACCAAGCCAGAGGACGUCUGGCACAACCACACUGACACCAGUUGCGACAGCUGAACUGUGUUUAAACAGAAUCUACAUUCCUUAUGA